AUGGCAGCGACGAGUGUUGUCGUUCUCGAUAGAGGCAACAAUACGACUUGUACCGUAAAUCUUUUCGGUGCUACGGUAGUAUCAUGGCGGGUGAAUAAUCAAGAACAAUUAUUUGUAAGUAAACAAGCAGUAUUCGACGGCAAGAGAGCGAUACGAGGAGGAAUACCAUUCGUGUUCCCUCAAUUUGGACAAUGGGCGUUUGGUCCGCAACAUGGGUUCGCGCGGAUAGCCCGCUGGCACGUGGAGAAGAUGCCGGAUCGACUGCCAAGCGGCGAUGUGGAGGCAGUUUUCAGCCUUAUGGAUGAUGACUUCACGCGCUCCAUGUGGCACUUCCAGUUCAGAUUAACAUACAGGCUGAUACUACGUGAAAAAGAGCUCCACUUCAACAUAGGCGUGUACAACCCUAGCAAGGAGUUGACAUUCAGUUGUCAGAUGCUUCUCCACACCUAUUUCAAGGUGCCUGACGUCCGGCGCUGUCAGAUCACUGGCAUGCACGGGUGUAUGUUCAUCGAUAAGACACGAGAAGGCACUGUGUACCACGAGACGCGAGAUGUGGUAACGAUCAAUGAGUGGACAGACAGGAUCUAUCAAAACACAAUGCAGGAGCAUAUCAUCACCAAUGUGGUCAGCGGUCGCAAGAUGAGGAUACAAAAGUACAAUUUCCCUGAUACAGUGAUUUGGAACCCUUGGUCGGAGUACGCCAAAGAGAUCCCGGACUUCGGCGACGACGAGUUCCCCAACAUGGUGUGUGUGGAGGCGGGCCGCGUCGCCGCGCCCAUCGUGCUGCUGCCCGGCACGGCCUUCGAGGCCAGCCAGAUACUGCAGGUGAUGUAA